AUGGGUCUCUUCUCACACAAAAACGCCGCUGCUGCACCGGUCGAGCCCGUCCCAGCAACAACCACCCACGGCCGACACAGCGGGCACCACGGCCUACGACGCCGCAGCUCGUCGCUCUCCUCAUCCGACCUAGAAACCAACCGCAAAUCCAGCGGCGGGUUCUUCAACCGCGGCUCGUCGCGCCGCUCGACUUCCUCGGAGCGUCUGCGCCAUCACAACACCACCCCCUCCAACCGCCACUCGACGGGCAAGCUCUCACGCACCUCGGGCUCCGGCGGCGGUCUGUUCUCCCGCGGCACACCCGAGGACCCGACCAUCGCACAUGCCCGCGAACGUGUCAUGAGCGCCGAGAAUGCGGAGCGUGAGGCCGAUCGUGCCCUUGUCCAGGCCAGAGCCGCGGUCAGGGAGGCCAGGGAGCAUAUCAAGUUGUUGGAGAGAGAGGCUGCUGAGGAGGCUCGUCUUGCCAAGAUCAAGCAGGGUCAUGCUAGAGAUAUCUCGAAGAGAGCUAAGCCUCUUGGACGACAUCUAUGA